AACACAGGAGCUACAUUCUCAAGAUGAUCGGACUCUAUGUAAUUUUGGCUUAUUUCAGCGAAUUGUAUUUAGCAAGUGAUACGGUGAUUCAGCCUAGUCCUUUCAUGACAGUUGACGUUGGAGAAGAUGUGACCUUGGAAUGUUCAUUUCCCAAGGAAAGUGCGUAUUUCGUGUUUUGGUUUAAGCUAAAUUUUGGACAGAGACCUUUUCUAAUAGCAGGAUCUCAUGCAUCUCGCACACAAGACACAUUCAACUCCAACUCCACACACUAUGAAGUGAAGCAAGAUGGGGGAAUGAUUCAGCUAAUAAUAUUAAAGACAGAACCAGCAGAUUCAGGGAUGUAUUACUGUGGAACAAGGAAACUUGUUUUUAUUUUCUUUGGAGCAGGAACCUUUCUGGAAAUAAGGGACGCUGAAAAGCAGCCCAUUAAUUGGAUAGUCGAGCAGCAGCCUGUGUCUGACACAGUGCAGCCUGGAGACUCUGUGAGCCUGCAGUGUACAAUAGAGACUGGGAGCUGUGCAGGAGAACACAGUGUUUACUGGUUCAGACAUGGAUCAGGAGAAUCCCUUCCUGGAGUCAUUUACAGCCAUAGGAACAGGAGUGAUGAGUGUGAGAAGAGCCCUGAGGCUGGAUCUCCUACACGGAGCUGCGUCUACAGCCUCCCCAAGAGGAACCUCAGCCCCUCUGAUGCUGGGACUUACUACUGCGCUGUGGCCAUGUGUGGGGAGAUGCUGUUUGGGAACGGGACCAAGCUGGAUAUAGAUGAACCUUGCAUUACAGUUCCUAUAAUUAUGGCAUCUGCACUAGUUUUGUGUGUGACUGUAAUUUUUACACUGGCCUGCACAAGAAAUAGGAGGACAUGCUGUGAGCAUUGUGCAGCUUGUGAGUCUGAGGUGGAGCAUCUCAAAGACCAUAAGGAAACAGACAGUCAGAAUCCUGAUGCGGAGAUGUUAAAUUACGCUGCCCUGCACUUCGCUCAGAAGAAAGGAGAAAGUCGAAGAAAAACGAGAGAGACGGAAGAUUGUAGUCUGUACUCUGAUGUGAGGUUAACAGGCUAUUUGGCAUUAAGCGGUACUGUUGUUCAGCCUAGUCCACUCUCGACAGUCGAAGCCGGGGAUGAUGUGACUUUGGAAUGUUCAUUUCCCCACAACGACGCUCAUUCUGCGUUUUGGUUUAAGUUAAUUAUCAGCCAGAGACCUCUUCUAAUAGCAACAUCUGUCAAAUUUGCAUCAGCUGCAACAUAUCACAACAACUUUAACUCAACACGCUACAAAGUGAAAACAGAUGAGGGAAUCAAUCAUUUAAUAAUCUUAAAGACAGAACCAUCGGAUUCAGGGAUGUAUUACUGUGGAACGAGAAGGGAUUUCUUAAUUCUGUUUGGAGCUGGAACUUUUCUUACAGUAAAGGGUUCCGGAAAACAACACAGCAACAGAAAAGUAGAGCAGUAUCCUGUGUCUGACCCAGUGCAGCCGGGAGACUCUGUGAACCUGCAGUGUACAAUAGAGACUGGGAGCUGUGCAGGAGAACACAGUGUUUACUGGUUCAGACAUGGAUCAGGAGAAUCCCUUCCAGGAGUCAUUUACAGCCAUAGGAACAGGAGUGAUGAGUGUGAGAAGAGCCCUGAGGCUGGAUCUCCUACACGGAGCUGCGUCUACAGCCUCCCCAAGAGGAACCUCAGCCCCUCUGAUGCUGGGACUUACUACUGCGCUGUGGCCAUGUGUGGGGAGAUGCUGUUUGGCAAUGGAACAAAGAUUCACAUAGAAGGAUCUUUAUCUGUGAGUCCAGUAAUCAUUGGCCUGGGAGCUGCACUUGUCUUGUGUGUGACUAUAAUAGUUAUACUUCUGAGCACCAGAAAUAAGACGACAUGCUGUAAGCACUGUGCAGCACGUGUUUCUGAGGAAGAUAAUCAUAAUUUCCCCAAGACAAAAGAAACAAGCAAGCAGAAACAUGACACAGAGACGCUGAAUUACACUGCCUUGCAUUUUAAUGAGAAGCCAAAAACUCAGAGAACGAAGAGAGAGGACAGUUUGUACUCUGAUGUGCGGUUAACAGAAUGAGAAUGAGAGUCUGAUGCAUACGUUUGAUGCUUUUUGUCUAAGGUAUGGCUCAAUAUUGCAGGUUAACCUUGUUGGGCUUUAAAAGGAGGUAGGUUAUGCAAAUGUUUAAUUCAGUAUGUUUUACCAUAUCAUCCUCUGUGGACAUAGAAUUGUAAAAACAUUCUCUUAAACAGACAGCUGGUUCAUGAGUUGUUUAAUGUGCCUACUGAUCAAUCUUUCAAUAACUUCAAAUACUGUAUUACGAGCCCAAAUAAUGGUAAAACAUGGAUAAAGGAUAGAAAAUGUUAAAUUGUACAAUUUUUACUAAAUAAGUAAUUGGUGGGUGGAGAGAAUCAAUUCAUAAUCAACUGGUUUCCAGAAGAAGCAUACUGAACUGUACAAACCACUGUAUGUAUUCUAGAUGAAGCUAGUUUUAUACUUGUAUUUACUGAGUAGUAGUAAUACUAGCUACACUAGGCUGGAUAGGGAAAAGAGUCAUGUUGAUAUGGGGAUGGACAUUAUGUAUAAGUGAGUAUGGAUAUGAGUUUAAUAAAAGCAGAAGGAUGGAGGAUGAAAUUAAAAAGUAACCCGUUCGUACAUAAGCACUUCAUUACAUUCCUCUACCAGCAAACCAGCACACCAUAGACCUCACAUCUGAGAAACCUGUGGUCAGUUCAACCAAUGAUACUCAAUAUACCAUGGAAGCAGUGCUGUGAGCUACGGCCAGAGCGGAGGGUGAAGCACGGCCCCAUCAGAAGGUGCGGACAGCCCACAUCAUGAUGCUGAAGAUUCCAUGGCUGAUCCUUGCUUAUUUGGCCUACAUAGAUCACAGUUUAAAACACAUCAGGACAAAGAGUCAUUUGAUCUGUAAAAGAAAGUGGCCAACAGGUCCCAUUAUUGCAGAAAUCCAUUAAAAAAAUUAAUUGCAUCAAUUUUGUUCUCUUUUGGCUUUCAAUUAUUUCAGUAUUGAAUAAAUGUGAGCCAUACCCAACCUAUGUGGUAACUUGGGCUUUGAAUAAGCAGCCAACUCUUUGGUUACUUCUCCAUAGUCAAUAAAGAACCUUAGGCACUAUAA